AUGAAGAUCAUCUGGACUUUCACGCUGCUGAUGAUUCCUGGUGUCAUGAGCUCCAUCAGUGUGAGAGGAUAUUCAGGAGGAGGAGUCAUCAUCACAUGCAGAUAUGAUAGAAAAUAUACAGACAAUGCAAAGUAUUUUUGUAGAGGACAGAAGAAAACAACAUGCUCUGACGUCAUCAAGACUGAUAAGAAAAAUGGGGGAAAAUGGGUUGAUUCUGGAAGAUUCUCUCUGUUUGACGACACAAGAGCAGCAGUUUUCACUGUGACCUUCAGAGAUCUGAGUGAACAGGAUUGUGGGACGUACCAGUGUGGAGUUGAUAUCUUUGGAAUAAUAGAUCCUUGCACUGAAGUGAAUCUGAGCAUUAAAUCAGCUGAUUGUUGUGAGAAGAGCAUCAGUCUCUCAGCUGCUGCAGGAGGAUCUGUGAACAUCAGCUGCAAAUACCCACAAUCCCACAGUGCUGAUGUGAAGUUUGUCUGCAGGAGAUCUGGAUCUGAUCUCUGUGCUGAAGAGACGUCUGUGGAGGAGAACAGAAGAUGGAGCGCUGAGGGACAGAUGCAGCUGUAUGAUGACAGAGAGCAGCAGCUCCUGACGGGAACCAUCAGUCAUGUGACUCAACAACAUUCAGCUGAAUACUGGUGUGGAGUUCAGUCUGAUCAAGGACACAAGAGCUUCAUCACUCGAGUCCUCAUCAGCGUUACAGAUGCUGAUGUUCCAAAAACAACUUCACCACAACCAACAUCUUCAUCAUCAUCAUCAUCUUCAUCAUCACCUUCAUCAUCACCAUCAUCAUCACCAUCAUCAUCGUCAUCAUCAUCUUCUUCUUCUUCCUUCUCAUCAGUCAGGACUCCACUGAUCACAGGAGUUUCUAAAUCGUCUCCAUCUAGUUUUACACCAGCAGGUGCUGAAACACAAACAUGCUCUUCUCUGAUCAUCUCUCUGGUUCUGGUUCUUCUGGUUCUGAUCUUUGUUGGUCUCUUAUUACUGUUUCUCUGUAAGAAGCAUCAGUCUCGAGGCGGUGAUUCGUCAUCUCAGACUGGAGCAGGAAAGCCUGAAGCAGUUUCUCACACUGGAUGUGAUUAUGAGGAGAUUAAAGACUCUCACAAACAAUUAUCCACAAACCCCUCUGAUUCAUCUAACACUGUUUAUGCCACUGCUCAAUUACCCACAAACCCCUCUGUUUCUGCUAACUGUGUUUACUCUACAAUUAAAGACUCUCACAAACAAUUACCCACAAACCCCUCUGAUUCAUCUAACACUGUUUAUGCCACUCCUCAAUUACCCACAAACCCCUCUGUUUCUGCUAACUGCGUUUACUCUACAGUUCAGAAAGCCACCGGUGACUCUCAGAUCUUCAUCACAUGUGCUGAGGAUCUGAAUUACGCCAUGGUGAAUUUCCACAAGAAAGCGGACUGUCCUGACAGAGUCAGUCUGAGGAAUAAUCAGGAUUGCAGUGAAUACGCUGCUGUCAAUCAUCUCACUGCCUGA